CUCUUCAGAAAGAAUUCUGUCUGGUAGCAGUGAAGAGGAACUUGAGGCAAGUUUGAAGAAGUGGAAUCUCAUGAAUAAGCCCCCAGCAGAAUUACUCAAAUCCGAGGUACCUCCAGGAGAAUUGUCACCAACUAUGGAGUCUUUACUGCCACAAAAAACUCUGGAAAUCAGUGGAAGCAUUCCAGUUCCUUCAAAUAACUUUAUUUCUCCACAUGAAGAAUCUUUGGAAACCAGAAGUAGGGUUCCACAGAAAAAAAUGUCAAGUAGUCUAGAGGACUUGCAGAGUGAAUCCAUGGAAAAGCAUGUAGACGGGAAACCAGUAGAACCUGUUGUAGAGCAAGAGAAUAAACCAUAUGUGAAGAGUAACAAAUAUCAGACCUUGCCAGGGAAGCUUCUUCGACCCACACACAACGGAGAUCAUGGAACAUACAAUACUCCCACUUCCCUAAAUGUAUUUGGAAUGAAUGACAAUGAGGACAACAGUGUACUGAGCCUGAAUCGCAUCAGGAGUAUUAGUGCACCAAUAUUAGGAGAGACAGAAAAUAUGGAUGGUACAAUAACUUCAGGUGAACUUUCACCCCUUUCUUCUGGAACAGAAUCGGGUCCACAGUCUCCAUUGUCUCCAGAAAAUAAAAAGAGCCCAAAAGGCAUCAGGAAAAUCUGGGGAAAAAUAAGAAGAACUCAGUCAGGUAACUUCCAUGCAGACGAUCUAGGUUUAGCUGAAUUUCGAAGAGGUGGUCUCCGUGCAACAGCUGGACCUCGAUUAUCUAGAUCAAAGGAAACAAAGGGGCAGAAGAGUGACUACAAUGCCCCCUUUGCUCAGUGGAGCACUGAAAGAGUUUGUAACUGGCUUGAGGACUUCGGUCUUUGUCAGUAUGUCAUUUUUGCACGGCAGUGGGUGACUUCUGGCCACACGUUAUUAACAGCAACACCUCAGGACAUGGAAAAGGAACUAGGAAUAAAACAUCCUCUGCACAGGAAGAAAUUAAUCUUGGCCGUUAAGUCAAUAAAUACAAAACAGGAUGAUAAGUCUGCUCAACUAGAUCAUAUCUGGGUGACACGAUGGCUUGAUGAUAUUGGCUUACCUCAGUACAAAGAUCAGUUUCAUGAAUCCAGAGUUGAUGGGAGAAUGUUGCAGUACUUAACUGUGAAUGACCUUCUCUUUCUGAAAGUCACCAGCCAGCUGCAUCAUCUCAGUAUUAAAUGUGCCAUUCACGUGCUCCAUGUCAACCAGUUCAACCCUCAUUGUCUACGUAGGAGGCCAGUUGAUGAGAAUAAUAUUUCACCUUCGGAAGUAGUGCAGUGGUCCAAUCACAGAGUGAUGGAAUGGCUCAGAUCAGUAGAUCUGGCAGAAUAUGCACCAAACCUUCGAGGAAGUGGAGUUCAUGGUGGCCUCAUUAUUCUUGAACCUCGCUUUAAUGGUGACGCACUGGCAAUGCUUCUUAACAUUCCACCUCAAAAGACCCUCCUGAGACGCCACCUGACCACUAACUUUAACGUGUUAAUUGGGCCAGAAGCACAACAAGAAAAAAGAGAAAUAAUGGAAUCUACAGCUUACACACCUCUGACUACCACUGCUAAAGUUCGGCCAAAGAAACUUGGAUUUUCACAAUUUGGAAACCUACGAAAAAAGAAAUUUGAUGAAUCUACAGAUUACAUUUGUCCUAUGGACACAAGUCCAGGUGCAACUAAUGGUACUCAGAAGAGCUAUGGUGGAUACAAAGGACUUAAUCAACUCACUGAUAGGGAAUUGGACAAACUGGAUCAGGUGGGACAAAUAGAUUGAUGUCAUUCUCAUCUCUCAUCCUCUACAUGCAUUCCAAAGCUUGCCAAUAAUCUUUUGUUACCAUAUAAUAAUAUCUCUGCUACAUCCGCAUGAACUCAUUGAGAACGUACGUAUGGGUUGUGGACACUUUUGAAGAGUUUUAUACUGAGGAAUGUCAGAUGAAUUAUAUUUU